GUGGAACUUUUAUUUUGAUACAUUUCCUUUGCUGUCGCGGCCGGAAGCACCGCUUUUCUGUUCUUCAAACCUCAUUGUUGCUGGUUCCGUACUCCAUAUAAAAUGUAUUAUUUGUCUGCAUUUAAGGAACAGUUCGCCGCCAAGAUUGAAACAGAAUUGAAGGUUACUGCACAGGUUAUACUCAAUAAACUCUUGCAUUCAGUUGAUGAAGUUGUUUCUGGAGCACAAGCAGAGGAAUGUGGUAGAGAAAGAGGUAAAGUAAUUCAAAUCUCUUUGACCCUCCUAGUCGAGGAAGCAGUAAAAUCGAUUGUCGAUGCACUCCUGUCUCGAUUUGCCUAUUUUGUUGACGAUCACUGCUCUGAUUACUUACUUGAAAUGUCCAAGAAAGACAAAGAGAUCACAAAACUAAAACUUCAAGGAAGAAUCUUCCAGGAUGAAAUGAGAACGGCAUUACAACACAUUAGACAGGCGGACAGCAUUUUCGUUCAGUGCUUGAACAGAAGUACGUGUGACACGCGAAGCGACGCGGCCAAAGAGGAGAGGGACGCCGGUUGGCUAGAAAAUCGCUGCUCAGGUAUGCAGUUUGGAGGAAACCAGUCAAUAGGUAUGGUCACACAUGAAGGUAAAAUAUUUCAAAGGACUAAAGAUGAGCGCCAUACCUCUAAUAAACAGAAUGAGAAGAUGUCAAAAACUGUUUCAAUUGAAGAUAUUCAUAGUGGAUAUUUUGGCAUUACAGUUACACAGAAUGUGAAAGAACAUGAUGCCCUCCAUAUUGGAGAUACUGACAUACACUUUUCUGACCCUAAACAGACGGAAGCAACAGCAAAAGAAUCUGGAUAUCUGAAACUUUGCAUUCAGCAAGAACAGUUAUCAGCCGGUGAAAACGAUCCAUUGCAUAUUAAAGACGAGGCUUCAGAGGAAGCAUUUGUGAAAGUUAAAGAGGAAGAUGUUGCGCAAGAUAUUGACCAGACUACAGAACAGAAUUUGACUGCAUCUGACUAUUCAGGAGCGACUGAACUAGAAAAUCUUGAGCUGAGACAUUGCUUUUCUCAAGAAAAUUCUUUACUCAGUGAUAAUGACAACUUGAAAUUUCAGGAAGGGGAAAAAUCUAUUCAGUUUGUCACCACAAUGCCACAAGAAAACAUAUCAGUUACCAGUCAGCAUACAGCAAGUGAAAUUCAACAGAUGGGUCUAAUGACAGAUGGACUUUAUAAACCUUGCUCUCAAGAUGAUUUCAAGAAUGAGUGUAAUGGAGACAUUGACAAUGGUAAAUGCAUGGUCAACUCUCUGUUUGAUCCAGGAACACUGCUGGAUUUCAAAUGCAGUGCUCUUCCAGUAGUAAAAUUAACUAGAGUGGAUGCACUGUGGAAGACACAGCAGAAAUGUCACAAAGACUCUGUGAACAAUGUAGACACGCACAACUGUGCUGAAUGUGGAAAGAGUUACACAAAGAAAAUUAGAUUUGAAGAACAUCAGAGAAUCCACACAGGCGAGAAACCACAUGUUUGCAUAUAUUGUGGAAAGAGUUUUAGAAAGUUAAUUUCAAUUAAACGCCAUACUUUGACUCACAAAGGAGAAAAACCAUAUUGUUGUAAUGUAUGUAAAAAACGUUUCAGAAGAAAAAGUAGACUUCAGGAACACCACCGAAUUCAUACAGGAGAAAAAAAGUAUAUUUGCUCAAAAUGUGGAAAGCAGUUCAGGCUGAAGAGUUCAAUUCAAGAACACCUAAACAUUCACUCUGGAGAAAAGCCAUACUCUUGCCCUAAAUGUGGGAAGUCAUUUAAAAAGAGGAAGAAUCUUUUAACACACCAGAUUCUUCACACUGGGGAAAAGUCAUUUGAUUGUCCUGAUUGUGGCAAAACAUUCAGAAAAAAAAAACGCCUUCAAAAACAUCAAGCUAUUCACAAUGAAGAGAACCCAGUUGAUUGUGCUGUGUGUGGAGAGAAGUUCAGUAAAAAGAAAUUACUCCAAACACAUGUACGGUUUCACAGUGAAGACAAGCUCCUUAGCUGUUCUAUUUAUAGUAAGAAGUUCCUAACAAUGGAAAAAUUAUAUGUAUGUAAUGUUUGUGGAGAGAAUUUUACACUGAAAAGUAAACUUGAUGCCCAUAGCAGAGCAGAAAAGUCACCUUGAGAUGUAAAGAGUGGUGUUAUCCGUGGCAUAAACAUUAGAUAGUUGAAAGCUGUUUAAAUAGCCUGAAAGUUUUUUGUAAGUGUGUUCAUCAUUAUAAAAAAUGCAAAAAAAAAACAUUUUAUUUGUACAAAUAAAAUGUGAAACUUCAUUGUUUCUCACUCAGUUUAAAAAAAUAAGAAAUAAAGUUCCAGUUUUUCAGCAUUAUUAAAUUCAUUUGUUUAUUUUCAAUGCUUAUUCGAAGCUGGGUUAGGGGGGAACAAUCUUAGCAGUGAGGCCCAGAAGACCUUUUCCCCAGCCACACUUGUCAGUUCAUACUGUGGGAUCCUAAGGUGUUCCUAGGCCAUUUGGGAGAUAAAAUCCUCCCAGCAAGCCCUGAGUCUUCCCCGGGGCGUCCUCCCAGCUGGUUGUGCCCAUAAUUUGAUCUCCCUUAAACAUCCUGGAAAACCAACAGCUAUUCCCAAAAUUUAGUGAUUUAUAAAUUGGCUGAUAUAAAAUAAUGACUGCUGUAACCAAAUGUAAUUGUCUAGCUGUAAGGAUUUCAGAGCAACUUCAAAAACAAAGAUCUUCAUCAAAAUUUGAACUGUUGAAAUAUUAGAAUAUUUUUUCAUCAUUCUACAAAAACAAUAUUUUCAAACCCACUUAAUGUCAGUUUGGGUCCCUUGGGUAGAACGCCUUUCCCAAGUAGUAUGGUUAUCACGAUACCAAAAUCUCAAAUUUUAAUAUCAUACUAAGGAAAGUGUUGAAUUUCAAUACCAUUUUGUAACUCAAUACAAAACUGUUUAAAUAAAUUGCAGUUCCGUAUGCAUUCAAAUCUUCACAUUGAUGGAAGCAAAUACAAGAAAUUUUAGUCUUUAAAUGCAAAUACAAAGUAUGUGUAAUCUUUUGUA